CACACAGCCACAUAAUCCUCAAAACACAUCUUCCCUUUUCCCCUUCUCAAAUCUCCACCGUUGAUUCAAUCAAACGAUAUAAAAAAACAGAGCUUUGAGUAAUUUGCUUUGAAACAGAGGUUCUGUUUUUUUUUUUUUUGCAACGAUGAGAAAGUUAAGAGGGAUCAAGAUUAGAAGACCGAUCCAACGAAUCUCAAGAUGGAUCCUCCGGAGAAUCCGACUCCGACGCUCCAGAUACAUCCGGUUAAACCCGGCUCAACCGGUUUGCAAACCAAAAGCCAUCACAAAACUCAUAACUUGGGGUCGAAGUCUCACAUCACACAGCGCCAGGUUUCUAGGGUACACACCGAUGGGUAAGGACCCAAUUCAAAGUAAACCCGACCCGGUUCCGAAAGGUCACUCGGCGGUUUACGUCGGUAAAAAAGACGGAGACUUUCAUCGAGUUUUGGUGCCUAUCGUUUACUUUAACCAUCCUCUGUUCGGUGAGCUUCUUAGAGAGGCAGAAGAAGAGUUUGGGUUUUGUCAGGAAGGUGGGAUCACUAUCCCUUGUCCUUACUCGGAUUUCAAACGGGUUCAGACCCGUAUUGAAUCCGGGUCGGGUUUUGGUAAACUUUUCUGGAGCCGUCGCUGGCACGGAAGAUGAGGAUGGAAAUAGUUUUUUUUUUUUUGACUCUUUUUACUAUUUACUUUUUUUUUGUGACCUUUUUCACUUUUGUUGCUGCUUUUAGUUUUUAUUUAAUCAUUUGUUAGAUAUGUGUAUAUGUGAUUAUGUGGAAGUGAGAUUUUUCUUGGUUUUGAAAAAACUAAGGCGAUACUGUAAAUAAUUUAGAGAUUUUUUUUUUGCCUUUUUCCGUAAUUGCAUGAGUGCUUUUGGUAGGCGUAUGACUAUAUGAUUAUGAAAUUAUGAUUAGGAUAGUGAUU